AUGUUCGGAUCAGACUUACGUAUGCCGUGGGACUUGUUCUACAAUGCGUUCGCCAAACAUCUGGAUCUAGCAUCGCGUCAGGACGCUGCCGAUUGUCUAAAGUACGCCGCCAUGCAAAUGAAGGAUUAUUACGACGGCAUGUAUCAACCCAAGCACUUCGCGGUCGGGGACAAAGUCCUCCUACGCGUCGGCCGCGGCUACAACAUCACCGUGAACGACGCCGUAUCCCGCAAGCUGGGCCAGCAGUACGCUGGUUUGUUCACUAUUGUCAAACGCGGCGGCCGCCGCCUCGCAUAUGGGCUACAGCUGCCGCCCACGUGGAAGAUACACCCAGUAAUCAGCGUCCAAAAUCUGGAGCCGGCCCCGUCUCUAGACCCAUUUGGUCGAGAACCGGCCGAACCAGAACCGACGUACGACGAACGCUUCCCCGACGACGACGAUCGUCAUGACGUCGCCGCCGUGCUAGACGUAUGCGUCCGUCACCUGGAUCGUUACAGAACGCAGAGAAAAGAAUACUUGAUUCAAUGGCAGGGAGAGCCCCGCGAACAGGCACAAUGGGUAUUCAGUCUGCUUUUGCCUGCGGCGACCCUUGUAGCAGAAAUAACCUGCAACACCAUCAAUAGUACUCUCUCCGCUUCAUUCCUAUGA